AUGAGUCGGCCCAGCCGGCUGCGGAGGCAAGUUUUGAGUCUGCAUCUGGAGCUACUGCGCGCCGGGAGGGGGAAACCCGGUGCCGAGAGAGUUCCGGCUGCAAGCCAUCCUUCUGCGCUUCGACUUGCUGCGUACAGCAAGUACAGCCCGGGGGAAGGGGGGGAGCGCCAGCUGCAGCUGCUGCGUUCCAGCCACGCCAAGGCCAUGGGCCCGCGGGGCCGGACUGAGGACACCGGCAACACGGCAACCCCAGGCACCAUGCUGGGCGAUGGCGAUGGCCCAAAGAGUCCUUGUGAAGGCACAGAGGCACGGGAGACGCAAUCCUAG